AUCUCCCUUGAUUUCGAACUAUUUCGAAAGUCUCUAUAACUAUAAGUAUAGUCUAUCUAGACAAGACUAUAGUCUAUAUACUAAAAUAUACUAUAUAGAAUUUUUUUAUAGAUCUAGAAUCCUUAGAACCUCUAGAUUUGUGAUAUUAUAUGUACUUUUCUUUGUAAAAGUGAAUAAUGUCUCGCACUGUGAACUUGACUUUUGAAAGCAUUGAGCAAGAUGAAGGCAUGGGGGCUCGAGUUCGAAGAAGUAUUGGUCGCUCGGAGUUGAAGAAUUUUGACCCUUUUCUAUUGCUUGAUGAGUUCUGUGGCCAGUAUCCUGCAGGAUUUCCUGAUCACCCUCAUCGUGGCUUUGAAACAGUGACCUACAUGUUGGAAGGGGAAACAAAUCAUGAAGACUUUCUAGGAAAUAAAGGAACAAUUAAGGCUGGAGAUUUACAGUGGAUGACUGCAGGGAGAGGCAUUGUUCAUUGUGAGAUGCCUGGAAAUGAUUUGGCCAAGGGCCUACAACUAUGGGUGAACCUUAGAAAGGCUGAUAAGAUGAUUGCCCCUGCCUAUCAGGAACUUGUGGACAAGGAUAUCCCCAAAGGAGAGAAGAAUGGUGUCAAAGUUAAGGUCAUUGCUGGAGAAGCUUUUGACAUUAAGUCACCUGUGUACACUAGAACUCCAGUCUAUUACCUUGACUUCAAAAUGUCUCCUGGGUCCCAGUUGGAUCAACCUGUGCCCAAAGACUGGAACACAUUUGUUUAUAUUUUGUCUGGAGAAGCUUGGUUUGGUCCCGAAGAGAAAAGUCAGCUGUGUAGAUCUCAUCACACUGUUACAUUCAAGACUGAUGGUGACUCUGUCCAUGUACAUAACAAGAGUGGGCAUCUAUGUCACUUUGUGGUCAUUUCUGGUGAACCAAUCAAUGAGCCUGUUGUACAACUUGGUCCAUUUGUGAUGACAACACAGGAAGAAAUCAAACAAACCUUUAAUGACUACACAAACAGUAAAAAUGGAUUUGAGAAUGCAGCCACAUGGAACUCAUCCUAUGCCAACUCACAAACCUGAGUUAAUAGAUUUUUGUUUUCUUAAAUUUUUGUUACAGCAAUAUUGUUAACAGAGAACUAGAAAAUGUUGACUAUUAGACAUACUAAUGAAUGACAAGAGAUGUCUUCAUAUUUGUAGAAAUCAAUUUAUAGACUCUCAUUUUAUUAAAUCCCUUCCUUUUAAGUGUUUUUUUUACAAAAUGACAACAAACAAUUACUUAAUUCUUAACCAUAAUAUCACAAUAACAACAGCUGUGAUGUUCUGGUUUAUCAUUGAUGUUAUAUAUAAAAUUGAUUUUAUUUUUUUCAAAUACAGAAACAUUUUUUCCCAUGUGAAUUAAUGUGAUGUGAAAUAAUGGGAUCUUAUGGACCAGAUACAGUGUAAUAGUAAUCUAGGAAGUACCACAACUUGCAGUAAUUGUAUUAUUUUUUUUUAGUUCAAUAGUCAUUCUCACAGUUUUCCUUUGUUCAUCAUUGACGUUCUUUGGACUCAUGAUUAAGGAUUUAAAUUGACAUAUUAAAACACACAUAUCAAUGUGUAUUUUUUCAAUGGCAGGCAGAAAUAAACUUAUGGGCACCUCUGACCUAACUUAGGAACAGUUUUUCAGAUUCAUAUUAUAGAUCAAGCUGAAAGCAAGCCCACAUUUACUCACAUAUGCUUUCACAAAAUGGAUACUAAAGAUUAUUAUUAUUAUUAUAACUUGCCCCACGUGCUUGAGUUCCAAGUCUAUGAGUUUAGUGACAUUUUAAAAUCAAAUAUUUAGUUGAACAUCACAUUAUUUUAGUUCAGUCAUUUGAAUACUAAGUUACCUUUGUAUAUUACUUUUUUAGAGCAUUUUGUUAUUAUAGAUCAAGCCGAAAGCAAGCCCACAUUUACACACAUCUGCUUUCACAAAAUGGAUACUAAAGAUUAUUAUUAUUAUUAUAACUUGCCCCAGGUGCUUGAGUUCCAAGUCUAUGAGUUUAGUGACAUUUUGAAAUCAAUAUUUAGUUGAACAUCACAUUAUUUUAGUUCAGUCAUUUGAAUACUAAGUUACCUUUGUAUAUUACUUUUUAGAGCAUUUUGUUAGCAUCAUUUACACAUCUUGAAACAAAAGUUCUAAUCUAUAAAAUACUUAUAUAUAAGUCCAUAUAUUAUUGGUUUAUUUUUCUUAUACCUUAAUCCAUAUAUAAUUGACUUAUUUUUCUUAUAUUUUUUAUUGAGUUUUUUGCAAAUAUAUUUUGGGUGUGAGUUUUUCUUUUGUAAUAUAUUUAUAUAAAUAUUUCAAGCCAUAUCUAAUAUAAUAAGCGCAAAGUAAGGUGUAUGUAUGUAUGUCCCAAAUAAAAAUCAAAACCAUUUGACCAAACUUGUGAAAACUUGGCAUAAAUGUUCCUUAGAUUAUGGCGGAGACCGUAAUGUAUAUUUAAUGUCCCUCCCACAACUAGAAGGUCCUAAAUAUAAUAAAAAAACAACCUAAAUUUAUCUCUAUUAAAGAAUGAAAGGCAUAACAAAUGGGUAAACCUGUUUUCACAUUAUUUUAUAUUUGAUAUCAAUUUGUUCGCUAAACUGGUCCAUUUUUGUGGCAAUGUAUAGAAAAAAUGUUAUGUGAAUAUUUGACAUAGAUCUAAAUCCAAUCCAAUAGAUCAGUAAAACCCAAACUAAGGCCCAUAGGCUGCAGGUCAUAUCUGGCUAUUGAUUUAUAAUCGUGAAAGUUACAUUGGUUUUUAAGUUGUUUUUGUGAUGUCUAUCUGUCACAUUUAAAUCUUACAAUUUAAAAUAGAUUUUGAAAAUACGUUUUUACCUUUAUUGUGCUCAUAGCAAGUGCAACUGCAAAUUUGGAUCUUCUGAAAACUUUUUCUUUUGUUCUCAAACUUAAGUAUGUGCAUUCUUGUAUACCAAUAUUAAUUUUGCAAAAGAAAGUUGUUUUUUUUUUUUAAAUUAUAUCUAUAUUGUAAACACAGAGGUAUAAUUGAAGAUUUAAAAAAACAAAAACAAUUUCAAUUUAAAAUAGAUAUAUUUUACAACAGACUUUAAAGUAAUAUAAACAUUGUUUAAUUGUGACAAUAAUUAAUUUUUAUUUUGAAUCUCUUAGUAGACUCUAUAUGUAUAUUUUAUUUUUGAUUCCUGAUUUACUCUACUAAAUACCUCCUGAUACACUCGAUGUGUGAUGUAAAUAGCAAGCUUAUUAUUUGGGGUAUGGUUUAAGGUGCAAUUAAAGAAUCGACAACAGAAGAACGGAGAGACAUUACAGGAAUUAGAAGCAGACAUACAAUGUCUUGCCCAUCAAGCUUACCCAUCGGAAACACAUGAAUUUUGGAUAUUAUUGUUACAGAUGCCUUCAUAGUUGGAGUGCGAAAUUUGGAAGUUAAGAAAGCCAUCUGAACCAGUGGAAAACACUAAGCCCUCAACUAUGCCCUGUCCUAUGAGGCGGCCAGAGUUUUGGUAAGGACCAUACACUAAUACACUACUGCCAGGCAUUAGAUGUGUUGGAAGAAGAUCUUAGGCAGCUGAUUUGAAGAAUGGUGAAAGAGGCUAAUGAAGGUCAACCUUAUCAGCCUCUGAGAUGCAAUAGAAAAAAAAGUGGUGUGAACUAUACUUCAUUUUCUAUAGUUAUUAUGUUUUGUUUGGUGUAAUGCAUAAUUUGAAAGAUUAAUUUCCUUAUGGCUAAUAAAGAUUAUUUUUAUUUUGAAGCCCAUGUUAGCUAUUACCCUUCUUUUCUUGAUGUGCCUAUUUAAUAUCAAUAUGAAAUAAUGAUCUCAGUUAAAUGAAUGCUCUGUGAUUUUCUAUAUUUUUACAUUUUUAUACACUAUUCCAUUGGUAUUGAAGAAUUUUUUAUUUUUUUUACCAUUUUGUUUUCUUUUUGUAUUCUUUUAUUAAAUUUGUAACAAGGCUAAAAAAAGGCUGUCAAAAUUUGAUAAAAAGAUGCUCAUGUAUCUGCUAAUGUCAAUAUGUGGUUACAAAGAUGCUUGUGUAUCUGCUAAUGUCAAUAUGGAGGGUUACAAAGAUGCUUGUGUAUCUGCUAAUGUCAAUAUUGGUUACAAAGAUGCUUGUGUAUCUGCUAAUGUCAAUAUGUGGUUACAAAGAUGCUUGUGUAUCUGCUAAUGUCAAUAUGUGGUUACAAAGAUGCUUGUGUAUCUGCUAAUGUCAAUAUGUGGUUACAAAGAUGCUUGUGUAUCUGCUAAUGUCAAUAUGUGGUUACAAAGAUGCUUGUGUAUCUGCUAAUGUCAAUAUGUGGUUACAAAGAUGUUUGUGUAUCUGCUAAUGUCAAUAUGUGGUUACAAAGAUGCUUGUGUAUCUGCUAAUGUCAAUAUGUGGUUACAAAGAUGCUUUUGUAUCUGCUAAUGUCAAUAUGUGGUUACAAAGAUGCUUGUGUAUCUGCUAAUGUCAAUAUGUGGUUACAAAGAUGCUUGUGUAUCUGCUAAUGUCAAUAUGUGGUUACAAAGAUGCUUGUGUAUCUGCUAAUGUCAAUAUGUGGUUACAAAGAUGCUUGUGUAUCUGCUAAUGUCAAUAUGUGGUUACAAAGAUGCUUGUGUAUCUGCUAAUGUCAAUAUGUGGUUACAAAGAUGCUUGUGUAUCUGCUAAUGUCAAUAUGUGGUUACAAAGAUGCUUGUGUAUCUGCUAAUGUCAAUAUGUGGUUACAAAGAUGUUUGUGUAUCUGCUAAUGUCAAUAUGUGGUUACAAAGAUGCUUGUGUGUCUGCUAAUGUCAAUAUGUGGUUACAAAGAUGCUUGUGUGUCUGCUAAUGUCAAUAUGUGGUUACAAAGAUGCUUGUGUAUCUGCUAAUGUCAAUAUGUGGUUACAAAGAUGCUUGUGUAUCUGCUAAUGUCAAUAUGUGGUUACAAAGAUGUUUGUGUAUCUGCUAAUGUCAAUAUGUGGUUACAAAGAUGCUUGUGUAUCUGCUAAUGUCAAUAUGUGGUUACAAAGAUGUUUGUGUAUCUGCUAAUGUCAAUAUGUGGUUACAAAGAUGCUUGUGUGUCUGCUAAUGUCAAUAUGUGGUUACAAAGAUGCUUGUGUAUCUGCUAAUGUCAAUAUGUGGUUACAAAGAUGCUUGUGUGUCUGCUAAUGUCAAUAUGUGGUUACAAAGAUGCUUGUGUAUCUGCUAAUGUCAAUAUGUGGUUACAAAGAUGCUUGUGUAUCUGCUAAUGUCAAUAUGUGGUUACAAAGAUGGAGCAGCCAACACAAAUAGAACAACCAUUUUGUUGUUGUUAGUGAAGAAAGUCAUGGUGACACAGUAGUGUAAACUUUUGUAUGCUGUGUAUUAGAUACAUUUAGUAACUGGUUACUGUGGUUAAAAUACAUUUUCUAACUUGCUGCUGUAUUUUUAAAAAAUGUGUAACUUGUUAUUUUUAAUUUAAAAUAUUUUUACUUUGUUACUUCAUACAAUAAAA